CAUUUAUGCAGAGCAGGCGCUGCUGCCAUUGCCACUCACACUCCCCGCGCGCUGCUCGGAGCCCGAGGGAGCGCAGGGAGCAAGCUAGUGAGCGCUCGGAGCCCGGGCCAGCAGAGGGGGCGCCCGGCCGCUGCCUGCAACGCCGCCUCCGCCGCGCUCGGGGGCCCCGGGAGGAGCGAGGGCGAGUCGGAGAGUCCGGGAGCCGAGCCCGGCGAGACCCAACUGCGGGAGGGCGCCCGCCCCGCUCAGCCGCCUCCUGCUUCUGAGCCGGCCAGCGCCGGCCGACCGCCCCGCGGGCCGGAGAGCAGGGAGCACAGGUCCCCACAGCCCCAGGGAUGGUCUAGGAGCCGGCGCUAAGCUCGCUGCUCUGCUCCCUGCCGGGGCUCGCCGCCUCCUGCCGAUCGCCCAGGGCUGCGAGCCGGGGCGGCCCGGGGGCUGCGCGCCGGGGCGGCCCAGGCCGGAGAAGUUAGUUGUGCGCGCAGCUUAGUGCGUGGAGAGAGCGAGCGAGCGAGGGAGGCAGUGAAGCGCCGGGGCCAUGGGCUGGGGGAGCCGCUGCUGCUGCCCGGGACGCCUGGACCUGCUGUGCGUGCUGGCGCUGCUCGGGGGCUGCCUGCUCCCCGUGUGCCGGACGCGCGUCUACACCAACCACUGGGCAGUCAAAAUCGCCGGCGGCUUCCCGGAGGCCAACCGCAUCGCCAGCAAGUACGGAUUCAUCAACAUGGGACAGAUCGGAGCCCUGAAGGACUACUACCACUUCUACCAUAGCAGGACGAUUAAAAGGUCAGUUCUCUCAAGCAGAGGAACCCACAGUUUCAUUUCAAUGGAACCAAAGGUGGAGUGGAUCCAACAGCAAGUGGUAAAAAAACGGACCAAGAGGGAUUAUGACUUCAGUCGGGCCCAGUCUACUUACUUCAACGAUCCCAAGUGGCCAAGCAUGUGGUAUAUGCAUUGCAGUGACAACACGCAUCCUUGCCAAUCGGACAUGAAUAUUGAAGGCGCCUGGAAGAGAGGCUACACGGGAAAGAACAUUGUGGUCACCAUCCUGGACGACGGCAUUGAGAGAACCCAUCCGGAUCUGAUGCAGAACUAUGAUGCUCUGGCAAGUUGUGACGUGAAUGGGAAUGACUUGGAUCCAAUGCCUCGUUAUGAUGCAAGCAACGAGAACAAACAUGGGACCCGCUGUGCUGGAGAAGUGGCAGCCGCAGCAAACAACUCGCACUGCACAGUCGGAAUUGCUUUCAACGCCAAGAUUGGAGGAGUCCGAAUGCUAGAUGGAGAUGUGACGGACAUGGUUGAAGCGAAAUCGGUUAGCUUCAAUCCCCAGCACGUGCACAUCUACAGUGCAAGCUGGGGCCCAGAUGAUGAUGGCAAGACCGUGGAUGGACCAGCUCCACUCACCCGGCAAGCCUUUGAAAAUGGCGUUAGAAUGGGGCGGAGAGGCCUCGGCUCUGUUUUCGUCUGGGCGUCAGGAAAUGGAGGAAGGAGCAAGGACCACUGCUCCUGUGACGGCUACACCAACAGCAUCUACACCAUCUCCAUCAGCAGCACAGCCGAAAGCGGAAAGAAGCCUUGGUACCUGGAAGAGUGUUCGUCCACACUGGCUACAACCUACAGCAGUGGAGAGUCCUACGACAAGAAAAUAAUCACUACGGACCUGAGGCAGCGCUGCACGGACAACCACACUGGGACAUCGGCCUCAGCCCCCAUGGCUGCGGGCAUCAUUGCACUGGCCCUGGAAGCCAAUCCGUUUCUGACCUGGAGAGACGUGCAGCAUGUUAUUGUCAGGACUUCCCGUGCAGGACAUUUGAACGCUAAUGACUGGAAAACCAAUGCUGCUGGUUUUAAGGUGAGCCAUCUCUAUGGAUUUGGACUGAUGGAUGCAGAAGCCAUGGUGAUGGAGGCGGAGAAGUGGACCACUGUUCCCCAGCAGCACGUGUGUGUGGAGAGCACAGACCGACAAAUCAAGACAAUUCGCCCCAACAGUGCGGUGCGCUCCAUCUACAAAGCUUCGGGCUGCUCCGAUAAUCCCAACCACCAUGUCAACUACCUAGAACAUGUAGUCGUGCGCAUAACCAUCACCCACCCCAGGAGGGGAGACCUGGCCAUCUACCUGACCUCUCCCUCAGGAACCAGGUCCCAGCUUUUGGCCAACAGGCUUUUUGAUCAUUCCAUGGAAGGAUUUAAAAACUGGGAGUUCAUGACUAUUCAUUGCUGGGGAGAACGAGCUGCGGGUGACUGGAUCCUUGAAGUUUACGACACUCCCUCUCAACUGAGGAACUUCAAGACUCCAGGUAAAUUGAAAGAAUGGUCUUUGGUCCUCUAUGGCACUUCCGUGCAGCCGUACUCGCCAACCAACGAGUUUCCUAAAGUGGAACGUGUCCGCUAUAGCCGAGUUGAAGACCCCACAGAUGACUAUGGUACAGAGGAUUAUCCAGGUCCCUGCGACCCUGAGUGCAGUGAGGUGGGCUGUGAUGGACCAGGACCGGACCACUGCAAUGACUGUCUGCACUACUACUACAAGCUAAAAAAUAACACCAGAAUCUGUGUGUCCAGCUGCCCCCCUGGCCACUACCAUGCUGACAAGAAGCGAUGCAGAAAGUGUGCCCCCAACUGUGAGGCCUGCUUUGGGAGCCACGGUGACCAAUGCCUGUCCUGUAAAUAUGGAUACUUCCUCAAUGAAGAAACCAACAGCUGUGUUACCCACUGCCCUGACGGAUCAUAUCAGGACAGCAAGAAAAAUCUUUGCCGGAAAUGCAGUGAAAAUUGCAAGACGUGUACUGAAUCCCACAACUGUACAGAAUGUAGGGAUGGGUUAAGCCUACAGGGGUCCCGCUGUUUCGUCGCCUGUGAGGAUGGACGGUACUUCAAUGGCCAGGACUGUCAGCCCUGUCACCGCUUCUGUGCCACUUGUGCUGGGGCAGGCGCUGAUGGGUGUAUUAACUGCACAGAUGGCUACUUCAUGGAGGAUGGGAGAUGCGUGCAGAGCUGUAGUAUCAGCUAUUACUUCGACCAGUCUUCAGAGAAUGGAUACAAAUCCUGCAAAAAAUGUGACGCCAGCUGUUUGACGUGCAAUGGUCCAGGGUUCAAGAACUGUACGAGCUGCCCCAGUGGGUAUCUUCUAGACUUAGGAAUGUGUCAGAUGGGAGCCAUCUGCAAGGACGGAGAAUACAUUGACGAGCAUGGCCACUGCCAGAUCUGUGACGCCUCCUGUGCCAAGUGCUGGGGGCCAACCCAGGAAGACUGCACUGGCUGCCCUGUCACAAGGAUUUUUGAUGAUGGCCGCUGCAUUUUGAACUGUCCCCCAGGCAAAUUUGAAUUUAAGAGCCAAUGCCAUCCAUGCCACUACACCUGCCGAGAAUGCCGAGGAAACGAGCCUUCCAACUGCACCUCCUGUGGAGUCGAUAAGCAUGGCCAGGAGCGCUUCCUGUACCAGGGGGAGUGUUGGGAGAGCUGCCCAGCGGGCCACUACCCUGCCAAGGGGCAUGCCUGCCUGCCUUGCCCAGACAACUGUGAGCUUUGCCACAGCGCACACAUCUGCACACAAUGCGUGAGCGGCUACUUCAUGGUGCCCACCAACCACACCUGCCAGAAGGUAGAGUGUGGACCAGGUGAAGUCCAAGACCCAGACUAUGAAGAAUGCGUGCCUUGUGAAGAAGGAUGCCUGGGGUGCAGCUUGGAUGAUCCAGGAACCUGCACGUCAUGCGCUAUGGGGUAUUACAUGUUUGAACACCACUGCUAUAAAGCCUGUCCUGAGAAGACCUACAGUGAAGAAUUAGAAUGCAAAGCAUGUGAUACCAACUGUGGCAGCUGUGACCAGAAUGAGUGUUACUGGUGUGAAGAGGGCUUCUUUCUCUUGGGCGGCAGUUGUGUGAGGAACUGUGGCCCUGGCCUCCACGGCGACCCAGAGAUAGGAGAAUGUGAGCCCUGCCACCGAGCCUGCAAAACCUGCACGGGCCUUGGCUACGAUGAGUGCAGCAGCUGCCGAGAAGGACUGUGGCUGCUGAAUGGGACGUGUGUGAGUCCCACCCAGACCCAGGUGGAAGGGAAAUUCUGGAAUGAACCUGUGCCCACUGCAAGCCCACCUUUGGUGAAGAGCCCGCUGCAGGAGCGACGAAGGCGGAGGUUUCAAAUCACAAGAGACAUUUGGAGAAAAGACCAGCCUUGUCAUCCUUCUUGUAAAACCUGCAAUGGAUCUGAAACCCUGUGCACUUCAUGUCACAAAGGUGCAUAUCUGUUGGCUCAGGCCUGUGUCUCCUCCUGCCCCCAGGGCACAUGGCCCUCAGUGAGGAGUGGCAGCUGUGAGAUCUGUACAGAGGACUGUGUCUCCUGCUCUGGAGCCAAUCUUUGCAAAGAGUGCCGGACUCAGCCAGACCAGCCUCUCUUCCUCCACGAAGGCAGGUGCUACACCAAGUGCCCUAAGGGCUUCUAUGCAGCAGAUAGCACAUGUGAACGCUGUAGCUCUCCUUGCAGAACAUGUGAAGGAAAUGCCACCAACUGCCACUCUUGUGAAGGAGGCCUUGUCCUACACCAUGGAGAGUGCAGGGAAACCUGCUCUGAGAGGCACGUGGCUGUGGAGGGGGUGUGCAAGCAUUGCCCAGAGAUGUGUCAGGACUGCAUCCAUGAGAAAACAUGCAAAGAGUGCAUGCCUGGGUCCUUCCUGUACAAAGAUAUGUGCCAUCAAUCCUGUCCCAACCACUUCUAUGAAGAUGCACGCCAGUGUGUCCCCUGCCAUGAAGACUGUCUGGAGUGCAGUGGCCCUUCAGCAGAUGACUGCGACCUCUGUGCUGAGGAGUCCUUGGUUCUCUACAAUGGGCGGUGUUUGGACGAGUGUCCAGAAGGAACUUACUAUGAAAAAAUGACUAAGGUUUGCAAAGAUUGCCACAAGUCCUGCCAGACCUGCUCGCCAUCUGGGACCUGCAUGACCUGUCAGGACGGCUGGAGGAUGAAUCACCACGGGGACUGCGUGCCUCACCAGGAAUGUGCCCCCUCCGAGUACUGGGAUGAGGGGGCUCUGGGAUGCAAGCCUUGUCAUGCCAAGUGCUUCCGCUGCACAGGGCCCUCGGAGGACCAGUGUCACACCUGCCUGAGGGACAGCCUUCUUCUCAACACAACCUGCGUGCAGGACUGCCCUGAGGGCUACUACGCCGAUGAGGACAGCCACCGCUGUGUGCCCUGCCACAGCUCUUGUAGGACGUGUGAAGGGAGAUACAGCAUGCAGUGCCUCUCCUGCCAACCAGGCUGGUUCCAGCUGGGAAAGGAGUGCCUGCCCCAGUGCAGGGAAGGAUAUUAUGCAGAAAACGCCACCGGACGGUGUGAGAGGUGCAACAGGAGCUGCAAGGCCUGCCGGGGCCCGCGGCCCACAGACUGCCUGUCUUGCGAUCCAUUUUUCUUUCUGCUCCGCUCCAAGGGAGAGUGUCGUCGCACCUGCCCAGAGCAUUACUAUGCAGAGCAAAGCGCGCAGACCUGUGAGAGAUGCCAUCCAACUUGCGAUAAAUGCAAAGGAAGAGAAGCGUUGGAUUGCUUAUCCUGUGUGUGGAGUUACCACCUGGUGGGAGGAAUCUGUGCCUCGGACUGUCUGGUGGGGGAAUACAGAGUGGGAGAGGGGGAGAAACUUAACUGUGAAAAAUGCCAUGAGAGCUGCAUAGAAUGCAAGGGACCUGGCGCCAAGAACUGCACGGUGUGCCCUGCCAACCUGGUGCUGCACAUGGGUGACGGCCGCUGCCUGCGCUGCUGCAACGCCUCCGAUCCUACCGAUGCCCAGGAGUGCUGUGACUGCCAGGGCACCAUGGACGAGUGUAUCCUUCGAGCAGGUGAGAUAGGGCCUGCAGCUGAACGUUCCAAGACAGCCCUGUUCAUCACCUCCUCCAUUAUGCUGGUGCUUCUGCUCGGGGCAGCUGUGAUGGUGUGGAGGAAAUCACGGGGCCGAGUCCAGCAAGCAGAAAAGGUCCGCUAUGAAAAACUGGCUGACCCUAGCAAGUCUUACUCCUCCUAUAAGAGCAGCCCUCGCGAGAGCACCAGCUUCGAAGAGGAUCAAGUGAUUGAGUACAGGGACCGGGACUAUGAUGAGGAUGACGAUGAUGACAUUGUCUACAUGGGCCAAGAUGGCACUGUCUACCGGAAGUUUAAGUAUGGGCUGCUGAAUGAUGAUGAUGACGAUGAGCUGGAAUACGAUGAUGAGAGCUACUCCUACCAGUAAACAGAGGCCACCCUCCUCCUCCCCAGCCUCAUUCCACGCACAGGCACAUGUGUGAGCAUUACAGUUUUGGGUUUUAUCCCCACACACCAGGGUGACGUCUGGGUGUUUGUAUUCGUCUUCUUAACCAUGAGUCCAACUAGAGUAUAUAAGAAUGCUAAAAUAUUUUGUUCUUCUUUUGGGUGGCUAAACUCAAUUAACCAUAAUUGUUCAACUGUUAUUGAGGAACAAGGAUAAAAUUCAGAGGGAUUUUCCUCAAAACAAUAUGUCAAGACAGAAAACACAGGAAGUGAAAAAAGUGAGAUUUGUACAAACUUUUACAUGAUCAAAAAAACAAAGGAAAUGGACCUAGAGAAAUUCUGUUUCUCAGCUGCAUUGUGGAGAUUUUUGCUACCUUCUGGAAUUCUGAUAUUUCUGUAAAUGAUUUUGAGGGGUUGAGGAGAUGAAGGAGUUGUUUGUCCGAGGGGAUUUUUCUCCCCUUUUGGCUCUCUUUAGGCAGAGAUUGGUUCUAUAAGGAGCAACCAAAGAAGGUUCUCCUCCUCAUGCUGUUUAUCAAUUGACUCCAGACCGCCCCUAGUGAGCAGAAGAGACCACCCCUGCUGAGGCUGGUCACGACCCACUUAGAGAUGAGGAAAGAAAAGGAGCCAUGUGUUCGCUGGGCUUUGGCUCUCCUGCAGUAAUCCAGAGUCAUCAUGAUUCUAGGGAAAGAACAAGCUCAGGCAGGAGGUAGGCAGCAGCAAGCCCAGUAGGAACAAAAAAAAUCACUGUUUCCAAGAAUUGCAGCAUUACACCCUCAUGAUUUUCUAAGAGCAUUUCUGGUUGGAAACAUCAUCAAAGACACCAAGAAAGAAAAGAAAAACGACAGUGUUAACCUAACAUAAAAUGGGAUAAAAUGACGAAAACUUCAUCCAUUCUAAAAAAAGACUUUAGCUACUAAAUCAAAGAGCUUUCAUCAACAGCCCAUCACAGAACUGUGGGCUCUCCAUAGAAAGAGUUGGAAUGGAGUCUAACAUGGAAAAUCCCAAGGUCCUGCUCACAGCUCAAUCCAGCUGCCGACCAGCACUCUUUAUCUGUGUGAUCCUUGUUUCUAGACAUCCAGGCCUUCCCUUUUUCCACACUCUGUCAAAUACACUCUUGGAUUUGUGCACCUGGGACAGUUUUUCUGCAGAUACUACAGAGAGAGGGGCUCUUGCUGUGUGAAAUUACCUAAGGAGGGUUUUGCCGAUUUCCUUGUCAAAGCAGAAGUGAUAGGCAGCAAUGGAGUGGACCAGCAGAAAGUGACAUUUUCACAUGAUGAGGAUGAUCAUAAAAAAAUUUAUUGCACACCUACUAUGUUCCAGGUACUGAGCUAAAUAAUUCAUUUUAAAAAAUCACUCUUACUACCACCAUAACUUCAUGAGGUUGGCACAAUUAUUACCCUAUUUUUAUCAGAAACCCGAGGCUUAUGAGAGGUUAAGUACCUAGCUCAGGAUCACAGAAAACUAAUCAAGAUUCAAGGAAAAAGAAUGACCUUAAAGCACAUCUUCUUAAUAACUAUGCUCACUACCUAAAGUGGAAAAAGAAGCAUCCUAAAUCUAACAAAGUCAUGUCUAUAAUUUUAUUUUAUGAUAUGGCAACUGUCUUAUCUUUACCGAGUUUGUGCAUUUUCUUUCUUUUAUUUAAAAAAACAGAAUCUAUCACUGACACAGGAAAUCUCUGUAAAGAAGUGUUCAGUUUAUUGAAGGCCUCACUGUUUCUUUAGGGGAAAGCUCGUAAAACAAAGGUUGGCAAACUUUCUCUGGAAAAGGCCAGAUAGUAAAUACUUCAGGCUUUGCACAACUACUCAACUCUGCCGUUGUGGCAUGAACGCAGCCAAACCAUAACAAACGGGUGGGCUGUGCGCCAAUAAAACUAUUUAUGGACACCCAAAUUUGGAUUUAAGGUAAUAUUCACAUAUUAUAAAAUAUUAUUCUUCUUUUGAUUUUUUUCUCCAAUCGCUUAAAAAUGUAAAAACCAUUCUUAGCUCAGGGCAGUACAAAAAUAGUGAUGGGCCAGAUUUGGUCAACAGACUGUGGUUUGCCAACCUUAUCUUAAAAAAAAUUCCUAAGAGACAAUGUGUACCACACACACAUAUGAUAUGCUCCCCAAGUUUUUUACCAUUUAAAGUCAUCUCUUCAAAAUCUAUUUGAAGUCCUGAUAGUUCCCUUUCAAUUCUUAGAAAUAAAUAAAAAUACAUGUAAGAUAGUCAUUAUAUCAAUGGCUGCCUUCUGGAUUUUUCGUCUUUUGCUGUGUAAUUACUGAGUGUAGCCUAUGGAAAGAAGUAAUUUUGUUUAUACUGUGUUAUUCAUCUUCCUUGAUCAUUCUAAAGCUCUGAUAGACGUUUGAUUUUCUUUGUGUAGCCUGGAAAUCACUUUUCAAGAAAAAUCUGUGUUUAUGAUACACAAAGAUUAAAUGAGGUCGAAAUGACCUUGAAUACUAAGAAAAAUUGUGUUGCUAUUACUCUAUGUGGGCCUGAAAGGAAGGCUCCUACUGUGUAUGGGUACAAUUGGACAUCUUUCCAUCUUUGUUCUUAGAUGUUAUUCUCAGACUUCUUUUGAAUGCUAUGGUAACAACUGUCUAAAUAGAUAAAUAUGUGAUUGGAAAACAAAGUCAUUUUUUUGGUUUUUUGUUUGUAAAUAACUUGGAAAUAUUAAGAGAAUCCCUGUAUAUUGGAAAUACAACAAGAGGCUGGGCAAUAGGUUGGAAGGUUCUAGAUC